ACCUCUCUCCUCUCUCCUGCUCGGUCUUCUCGUGUCUCGUCCCACUUUUACUACAGUGUUACAGGAGCCUUAUUGCAGCUCUUGAACGCAGCACGGAUACACGCUCGGCAGGCGAACUUUGGACCAAAAUCGCGUCCGUUAACUUAUCUGACUCACAGGAGCCAUGGCCGGGCCCCCUGUUGUUAUCUGGGAGCAGGAGGUGCAGCCCCUGCUGCGGUACAAAGAGUUGAUCCCUCGUCUGGAGAAAGCUUUGGGAAAGUUCUCCAGACGAGACAGCGCGGAGGUGAUCCAGCCUGUGCGCACCACCGUGCCUCUGCAGAAACACAGCGGCUUCCUGGGAUUGAUGCCCACGUACAUGCAGAAUGACGGAGUCCUGUGCACAAAGUUGGUGUGUUUCUACAAGAGGGAGGAAGGCUCAACUUUACCGGCCACGCAAGCCGCGGUGGUGCUGCUGGACCCGGAAUAUGGGAACGUCAAGGCUGUCAUUGACGGAGAGGUGAUAACAUGCAUGAGGACAGCUGCUGUCUCUGCCAUUUCUGCUAAGCUGCUGAUGAGCCCUGAAGCAAGGGUGUUGGCCAUCUUGGGAUCUGGCAAACAAGCUUUGAGUCAUUACAAUGUCUUUACAGAGAUGUUUUCAUUCAAAGAGGUGCGUGUGUGGAGUCGCACAAGACAGGGAGUGGAGAGGUUUUCCCAAUCUGUCAGUGGCCCGGUGACGGCAUGUGUCUCGGUGGAGGAGGCAGUGAAGGGAGCAGACGUCAUAGUGACGGUAACCGGAUGUACAGAGCCAGUGCUCUUUGGUCAGUGGGUCAAACCAGGAGCCCAUGUGGCAGCAGUGGGAGCUUGCAGGCCAAACUGGCGGGAGCUGGACGACGUGUUGAUGAAGGAGGCGGUGGUGUAUGCUGACAGCAGGGAGGGUGCAAUGACUGAGUCCGGUGAUGUCAUCCUCUCUGGAGCUGAGGUGUUUGCAGAGCUGGGAGACGUUAUUAAUGGGACAAAACCUGCCCACAGAGGGAAGACAACCGUGUUUAAAUCCCUCGGGAUGGGAGUUCAAGAUGCUGUGUCUGCUAAGCUGGUAUUUGACCAAUGGAAAGCCAAAGCCAGCCAAUCAUGAAGUCGCCAUCGAAAUUAGGCAACACAAGACAGGACAAUGAAAAAAAAACACAGCCGUAUAACCUGUGUGUAUAUUCGGGGAUUCAUGAAUAAUUCUUCUUCUGAUAACCAGAUUAACGUGCCAAACAUAUGCAUACCAAUCUUGCCAUAGAGCUUGAUAUUUCCUGCUGAAAUGAUUAGUUGACUAAUCAUAGUUUGCAGAAAAUUCAUCUUUGAAUACUGAUUAGCUGAAGCACUUUAUCAAGCAAUUUGCACAAAGUACAGCCUGACAGAGGCUGUUCCUAUCAGGCACAGCAGUGCUUUGAGCUAAAUGCUAACGUUACAAUGCUAAUGCUGCAUUCAUUGAUCCCAUUUGUCAAGUUGGGAAAUGUUUUUUCCGACUUCCGUGUGUUAAUUAGCUUGAAGCAGCCCCCCAGGAACACUGUUUAUCCUUGCUUUCAAUUUUUCCCGGUGGCCCCUGUGGAGUCGAGGUGAAAAAAAUCCCUUGUGGCCCAAAAAGAAUUUUCUCCAUGACUACCAUUAUAAAAGAGAUGUCUGUAAAAUUGUUGACAGGACACCUCAAACUGCAAACAAGGUCAAUUAUGACUCUUUCUGUAAUUUCUUUUUAUAUCCAUGGAGGUUUUAUAUUUGUAAAACAUUCCUUGAGCCGAGAAAAAAUUUGUGACAUCAUUGGGAUGUAAAGUUUAUGAGCUGAGUAGGAACUUGUGGGCGGAGCCAGCAGGUAAAACACUACUGCACAUAUUCAGUGGGCUGCAUACAUUGGAAGUAAACCUGGAAGCUAGAAACGUUUUUGGCCUUUGUGCCAGGCGAGCACAAGUAGGUAUCAUCGACGUAUUGAGAGACCAGGGCUGCAUUCAGCCCCAGCAAAACUUAGCAAAACAUGUAUGUAAACAGAUACAGUGCACUGAACAUCAUAUUGUGUUACGUGGGUACACUGCCUAGCAGGCAUUCCUCACCUUCCUCCUCUCCCAACCAGCCACACACAUUGUAGUAUUGUAGUGAACCAUCAUUUUGUAUCGACUGCCAGUUUUGUUGCUCACACUUUUCUCCUGUUUAUUAAGUUAGGGAGGUAAGCUUUUUGUCAUUUGUGUCUUAUUUUUUGAUUAGGUUAUUUACUUACUCCCUUGACAGGAUUGUUUUGUUUGUUAUUUUGGCUUUAGUCCACCCUGACGUUAUUAUUUACCUCAAUUCUGUCAUUUAAUUAUUGUAAUAAAUUCACACUAUUGAUCAUUC